AUGUUACUUGGUCUGCGAGUUGAUGGAACAGCCAUCAACGGUCCCACUGAGGUAACAAACUACGUUUACAUGGAAAACUUAGGGGUGGAACCUACCGAAGAUGAAAAAAUAAAAUGUUCCAUUAAAAUAACCUGGCUAGAGGGUUUAUACGGAAAUUUAAAACAAAAAUCUGCCCCUACCCAAGAAGACGUUCUCUUAGAAGCUAAAAUAUAUAUUUUACUUGCAAUCGCUACAAUAAUGUUUCCUGACAAAAGUCAGAAUCUAUUACAUUCUUCUUGGAUCCCUUUCGUAGGGGAUCUUAUAAAAUGCGGCACCUAUAGUUGGGGUUCUGCAUGUCUAGCUAAAUUGUAUAGAGAAAUGUGUAAGGCGGCAGUGAAAGAUGUUAGGAGCUUGAGCGGAUGUGCACUCCUAUUAACAUCAUGGGCAUUCACACGUAUCCCAUUGUUUGCUCCUGUCACUACAGUGGAACCCUCGUAUCCAUAUGCACAAAGAUGGGCGCAACGAGGGAUGAACUACCGUGCAAAUCCUCGUUUCCAUCUCCAAGGUUAUCGAAACGCUUUGGACCAUAUGCAAGAAAACGAUUUCAUAUGGAGACCGUACAUCCGAUAUCCGCUGCCGAGGCUUGAAGAUAGUCAAAUCUGGAGUGCAACAACAUUCCUUAUCUGUUUCUAUACCGUUGAGAUGCAUCAAACAGAUAGAGUAACACUCCAGUUUGGACUGGAUCAACAAAUUCCGCCCCCCCCCCCCCAAGGUGUCUAA